CGAAGCUCUUAGCACAAUGGAUCAACCACACUCGAGUGAAAAAGCUUUAGGAUUAGCAACUGACGAUCCGAAAACGCUGCAAACUGACCUUUUGGCUGUUGAAUUUGAAGAAAAAGUCGCCAUCGACGACCCAGAGAAAUAUGAUUCAGGCACAUUAGAUCCGACAGCAGCAGCAGCAUCAUCUGAUGAAUUGGUAUCUAUUGAUAACGACUCAGAAGACGGGGAUAUGCCUGAACCACCAUCCAAUAUCACAGAAUCACCUAAGCAAGAGGCGCAAAUCAAUAUGCUCAGCACACCCAUCGGUUCACCGCCCUUUAAUCUACCACGUACACCAGACGACGACGCCAUCAAAAACGAUCAGGAAUUUGAGCACAUUAUAACCCAGUUUGAUGAAACAGCUCACAAAGACGGCACUCAUGCUCAAAACGCGGAAAACUUGCCGAGCCGACGACGCUCAUCGGCUGACGCACCUCAGCACCGCCGGCCUAGCGCUCGAUCUGAAGAAAUAAGUACAGACAUACCAUUUGACUUCAAUAGGUUCUUAGAGCAAAUGAAGAGGCGAGGAGCAAUACCUAUUACCAAAUACUUUAAAAGCUUCUUGCAAGCAUUUGAUCGUCGGCCUUGGACUGUCAAUGAGCAAAUAAAAAUCAUUCAAGACUUCCUUGAUUUCAUUCAUGGAAAGAUGCAGGAGUGUGAUGUCUGGAAGGAUGCAAGCGAUCAGGAAUUUGAAAAUGCAAAGGAAGGCAUGGAGAAACUGGUUAUGAACAGACUCUUCCACCUCACAUUUUCACCAAACACGACUGAUGACAAGGAACGAGAUGAGAUAUUGUACCAUAAGAUUCGAAUAUUUUCGUGGAUCACAGAAGAGCAUCUCGAUAUACCUGUUACUCAGCACAAUGAGUCGUUUUUAACAUUUGCAGAAUCUGAGCUUUUGAAAAUUAACAAUUACAAGGCGCCAAGGGACAAACUUAUUUGCAUAUUGAACUGCUGCAAAGUGAUCUUCGGUCUCAUCAAGCAUGUGGAAGGCGACGCUGGCGCUGACAAGUUCCUGCCAAUCCUGAUAUAUGUUGUAUUAAAAUCAAAUCCUCCAAAACUAGUAUCUAAUGUACAAUAUAUCAAUCGAUUCCGCAAUCCAGAUCAACUUCAAUCAGAGGGCGGCUACUAUCUCACAAAUUUAAUGGGCGCUAUUGCGUUUAUAGAGUCUUUGGAAGCAAAGUCACUGUCAAUCACUCAAGAAGAAUUUGACAGCAAUAUCGAGAGCACCAUGAAAGAAUUGGAAAAGGAGAGGCCAUUAGAGGCGGUGAAGGAGAAAGUCAAUUACGAUAAUGCUAUACAUCCUUCUCAGUCACCACGACCAGGAUCGUCACAAUCGCAACAACCACUGAUCGACCCAGUCAAAGCUGCUGCUCUGUUAGAGAAGGGAAGUUCGUUUGCUCAAAAGACCAUGCAAAAGCCACUCAACUUCAUGGGCAAGAUACUUCAGAACUUGAAUGACUCCAGUCGUCCAUCCACCCCGGAUUCAGAUGAUGAAUAUCAAGGCUAUCAAAGAAACACUGGGUACGAUGAAAAUCAACGAAGGCAGCAGUCACCACCAGCACAGUAUAAUUCAGCCAGUGGAUGGCCGUCAGAAAACCAUGCUACAUGGAGUCAACACGUCGAGCCCACCCGAGAUAUACAAGAUUACAAUCAAUAUCGAGAAUAUCUCUAUCAACAGCAACAACAACAACAACAACAACAACAGCAACAACAACAUUAUCAGCAACAACAGCAAUACCAACAGCCGCAGGAGCACUAUCGCCGCCAAGUAUACCAGCAACAGCAACAACCCCCCUCCGCAGCACAAUGGCAACAAUAUCCUGGUGCAGCCGGGCAAUGGUCAACACCACCACAUGCUAAUCCCAACCCGACAAACACUUCUCCACCACAGCCGCGACAAACCAUCAGCCCCCAAGAGUUCCAGGAUAAUCUGGCUACACUGACAGCUAUAUUCCCAAAUGUUGAACAAGAUGUCAUUUUUAUGAUAUUGCAAGCCAACGAUGGCCAGUUAUCUCAGACCAUUGAUAUAAAAGUUUGUUGGAUAUCUCAGAUCAAAGCGUACCGGAGCCUACUGAAGACAUACCUACCCCAAGGGAGGACGCAGCUACUGAAGAGCUUUUAAUAGAACAUGACGAUGCACCACCCCCAGUGCCUGCAAAGGAGAACAAGGCAGAAGAAGACCUUAUUGAAUUCUAGAAAGUUAGCUAGCUUAUCAGUGUGGAGUGUGAACCCCCCAUUUCGGCGUUUAAAAUCCACCAAAAACGUCCAUAUCCCCGUUGUAUCGUUUUGACGUUCAAAGAUAAAUCCAAAAUUGUCUUCUCAUUUCUAAAUGUCUUACGACGACCCUGUCUCUCCUAGAGAUAUUCCUCGGCGAAGGCCAUCCUUUGCCAGCAACUUAGCGCAUAGUGUAGAAUCCUGGAGCUCAUCCUAUGCUAGAUCGCUUCAUUACUUGAGUGAAAACCUAACCGGAGUCCAUGACAUUGACGCCGAUGAAGAGAUACAAAACGUGGUGUUUGGAACGAACAAUGCAUCCCCUU